GUUACAUGGAAGUAUUAAUACCACCAGAUAUAGUGGAUGAUGAAUCUGCCAAUGGUAUGGUAACUCAUGAAGGUGGUGAAGUAAAGUUGAAAUGUAAUGCGACUGGUUCACCAAAGCCCACUGUCACGUGGAAACGAGAAGAUGGCCGGAACAUUAUUCUUCGUGUAGAUGGACAAAAACAAUCAUUGAAAACUUACGUGGGUGAAACGCUAGAGUUGACUGGAGUUCUUCGACAAGAAAUGGGCACGUAUCUUUGCAUAGCCAGCAACAAUGUGCCUCCAACAGUCAGCAAACGUUAUUCCGUACAAGUUCACUUUCAACCUGUUAUAAAAGUCACCAAUCAGUUGGUAGCAGCACCCAUCGAGAGUGAUGUUGUUCUCCAGUGUCAUGUUGAAGCUUCGCCACAAGCACUGAAUACUUGGCACCAAAAUACUGGUGAAAAACUGCUGCCCAGUGAAAAAUAUACAAUGACAGAGUAUGCAUUGAACGAUUACUCUUGGCAGAUGAAUCUUACUGUUAAUUUUUUGGAAAAAAAGGACUUCGGAGAAUAUGUUUGCUCGUCUGUGAACGCUCUUGGAAAAGCUGAUGGUAUUGUUCGUUUACAAGAGUUACAUCUUGCUGCAAAAACAACUCCCAGCACUUCUGUGAAAUUCGCCGAUCUGAAGCCUCGAAAAAAACCUAUAUUAAAAGGAAAAAAGAAGAGUAACAGUAACAACGGUAGAAAAAUACAUAUAAGUGGUUUUGAUGAAUUUGAUUCUUCUGGAAACGACGACGAUCUUAGUACUACACAAAUAAUGGGUGGUAGUACUCUUCAUGAAAACCAUAGAACAGAAAGGCCAUUGAUACCGCCAUCAUUACCCCCGUCUUGGGUGAAUAUAAACACAGCAAAUUCCAGGCAUAAUUUAAUACCGAUUACGCUAUUUUUUCCGUUAUUCAUCUUAACUAUGAUAUUCAUUCCUUAAACUAUACAUUCUUGUGAAAAAAAUUUAACAACGAAUUUCAUGCUGAUCAAAAUUUAAAACGAUUCGGGAAUAACAUAAAAUAAUAAUUUUAUCUGAUUUAUUUCUUAUAAUACGAUAUUAUAAAAACAUGCUUAUAUUAAAAUAAAAAAGCAUUGCUUUUUACAAUUGGUACAUACAAUGAAGAAAAACAAUUCACACAUAAAUAUACAAGUAUAUUUAUACAUUUACAUUUAUGCUACUUAAUAACAUUAAACUUUUUAAGAAUUUGCGUUUAUCCUAGCAUUA